UGAUUUCUGCUCAAACGAAAGUGAAACAAAACAGCUGUUUUCCUGGAAAACACGAGGGCGGUGAGGGAUCAUGGAGCCUGACAGGGGUGAAGAGCAGCUCGCUGAAAACUUAAGACAGCGACUCCGGAUCAUGGAGCCUGACAAGGACGAACAGCAAGAGGAGCUCAUUAAAACCUUCAGACAUAGACUGAAGGAAAAGAUAUCAGUGGGGCCGGUGCUGAACCAUUUAUAUUUUAUUUCACAUGAAGAUAAGGAGCGGAUUUUGCAGAAGCUGAAGACAGAGGGUGAUGCAUCUGCUGCGAACCAACUUAUUGACGUUGUCCUUAAGAAACCACACCCUGAAGGCUGGUUCAGGGCCUUCGUGGACGCUUUAAUACAUGGAGAUUCGAAAUACGCUGCUAUGGUCUUGGAAGGCUCUCCUAAACCCGAGGAAGAGGAAGAGAAUGACUACUGUGUAGCACUUGUGAGGUUACUGGCUCCAAGUCUUGUUCAAAUGAAGACAGCUGACGUUUGCUGUGAGUGUUUCUCUCUGGGGCUGCUCGGCCAGGACGACAACGACAAGGUUUUAGCUGAAAUUGAUACUCAAGGACCCGGACGUGGGGCCGGGGAACUUCUGAGGAGAAUCGUGAGACGCCCACCUGGAUGGUUCUCCACAUUUCUACAAGUUCUGAAAAAAACAGAACACUAUCCCCUACUUAGAGAACUGACCGGAGACCCACAUUGGUGUGAGCAGCAGGGUCAUUCAGGUGCAGCUUCCGGUCAGGAAGCAGUGAGCUGUGACAACACAGUGUCUAUGGAGAUCAGUGUGACAGAGGAGCCUGAUAAUGACUCAACAGGUCUGUAUGCAAGUGCUGAACCGUCCAAAAGCAUAGAUGGCUUGCCUCCAGAUUUAAGUUACUCUGAAGCAGCCGCAGAAGCCCCCAGAAGCCCUGAAAAAACAGAAAUUGUUCUUCGGGAUUAUCAGAUGGAAGUCGCUAGACCUGCCUUAGAGGGGAAGAACAUUAUUAUAUGCCUGCCUACAGGAAGUGGUAAAACCAGAGCAGCGGUGUACAUUACCAAGAAACAUCUGGACAGCAGGAGGGAGGCGGGGAGCCCAGGGAAGGUGGUUGUCCUGGUGAACAAGAUUCCUCUCGUGGAGCAGCAUUACUCCACUGAGUUUUUGCCUUACUUAAAGCAAACUUACCGAGUGGAGAGAGUCAGUGGAGACUCCCAACUCAAAAUCUCUUUCGCCAAGACUGUGCAGAAAAACGACAUCAUCAUUUGCACGGCCCAGAUUCUGGAAAACUAUUUGGAGCGGGCCGAGAACGGAGAGGAUGAAGGGGUGAAGAUGAGUGAUCUGACCUUAAUCAUAAUAGAUGAAUGCCACCACACGCAGAAAGGAGGAGUCUACAACCACAUAAUGAUGCGAUAUUUGAUGCAAAAGCACAAGAACUUGAGGCUCAAGAAGGAGCAGAAGAAGACCGUACCCCUCCCACAGAUCCUAGGCUUGACUGCCUCACCGGGGGUUGGGGGAGCCAACACAGUGGCGAAGGCUGUGGAGCACAUAAUGAGAAUUUGUGCAAACUUGGACGCUUCAGAAAUCAUGACGAGAAGCCAAGAAGAAGACCGGAAGCAACAAAGAAAAACUAUUCUGACUGUUGAAAACAAAGCAGAGGAUCCUUUCGGGGAUGUCAUUAAGACCAUCAUGAACGCCAUUCACAAUGAAGCCAAGCUUAGCCCCAUCUGUGACCUGGGCUCGCAGAAUUAUGAACAGUGGGCUGUUCAGAAAGAACGACAAGCUGCAAAAGAGGAGGACAAGACAGUGCGAGUCUGUGCAGAGUUCCUUCGACGGUACAACGAGGGCCUGAUUCUCAGCAACACCAUCCGCAUGAGCGAUGCCCUCAGUUACCUGAACAAAUUCCACGAGGAACAAAUCAAGAAGAAAACUUCAGUCGAUGGGGAGCAGAACAUACAGAUAACAGAUACUGAGAGAUUCCUCUUCAAAUUGUUUAAAGAUAAAAAGGAAGAGCUGGAGACAUUCUCGAAGAAUCCAAAGUAUGAAAACGACAGCCUGUCAAAACUAAGGGAACAGAUUCUGCGAGAGUUCAGCUCUAGAGGACAGGCCAGAGGAAUUAUUUUCACUAAAACCCGACACAGUGCCAUCACCCUGAGUCAGUGGAUUCAAGAAAACCCCAAGUUUGCUGAUGUUGAGGUCAAACCUUCACAUGUCAUUGGAGGAGGAGACCAGAGUGACACCAAACCAAUGACUGCUGCGGAGCAGAAGGACGUGCUGAAAAAAUUCAGAGCUGGUGAAGUCAACCUGCUGGUUGCCACCACCGUAGCUGAGGAAGGUUUGGACAUACCAGCCUGCAAUUUUGUUAUCCGAUACGGUCUCUCAACCAAUGAGAUUGCUAUGAUACAGGCCAAAGGCAGAGGAAGAGCUGACGACAGCUCCUACACUGUGGUGGAUGUAAAGAACUCUGGGGUGGCUGAAAGAGAGUGUGUCAACGAGUACCGAGAGGAAAUGAUGGGAAAAGCCAUAAAUAAAAUCAAAGGUCAGAGUCGAGAAGCUUAUCAGAAACAGAUGAUGGAGUUUCAGCUUCAGGCUAUAAUGGAGGAGAGAAUGAGACAGGUGAAGCGGAAGCAGAAGGCCAUCAAGGACGAAAAGCCAUCGCAUGUAAAGUUCAGCUGUCGAAACUGUGCCAAACCUGUGUGCAGCGGUGAAGACAUCCAGAUCAUUGAAAACAUGCACAGAGUCAAUGUUACCACACAGUUCAAGGAACUUUUCAUUCAGAGAGAAAAUGCCACUCUCCAGGAGCGACUUCUGGACUAUGAGACCAACGCUGUCAUCGCUUGCAAAGACUGUGGCCAGCCAUGGGGUUCGGUGAUGGUGUACCGUGGGAUGGAUUUCCCUUGCCUUCAUGUGAAAAACUUUGUGGUGAAUAUCAACGGUAAAAAGAUCAGCAAUUGCACCAAGUGGAGUGACCUCCCCAUCAGGUUUACGGCCUUUGACUACAUCGAACAUGCCAGCAUGAUGGCACAGGGCUCAGAUGAGGAAAUGGGAUGAACUACUGGAACAUAAAAGCACUUAUGUCUGCUGUAUUCACUCCUUACCUGCACAUCAACUCAUAAACAAAAUGCAAAGCUUCGUUUAACUGCCAACUUCUGGAUGAAAUAUGUAUUUUUUCUGUAUUUCGUGUUUCAAUAAAUUGCACUUUCUUUGUCUAUUACACAAAAUGCAGUGUUGGUGAACUGGAAAGGACAACUUGAUUGUUAAUUUUGGAAAUAAGUCAAUAAAAGUAUGCUUUGCAGACAA